AUGGCCUGCCUACGCCUGCUGUUCCAGGACAGACGGAGGCGCAAAAGACGGCCGGCGCCGACAUCCCCGGCAGCCGCUGCCUUCAACCCCAACGUGCCCGUGCCAUCCCUCGCUGCCUCAAACGCGUCGCCAGCCUGCAGCGCUACUGCGACGAGCCCGUCCGAGGCCUCCGGCGGCGCGAGGGCGGCGUCCAGCAAGUCCUCGUGCACGGGGUCCUCGCCGCGGAGCAUCCCGGAGCUGUACGAGGAGAGGGGCGCGCGCACCCUGCGGGAGUUCGGCCUCCGGGAGCUCCGCGGCGCCACGGCCGACUUCAGCCCGCUGCUCAUGGUCGGCGAGGGCGGCUUCGGGUGCGUCUACAGGGGCGCGCUCCGCCUCCCCGGCGGGCACCCACGCGGCACCGCGGUCGCCGUCAAGAGGCUCAACCCCAACGGCGGCCAGGGACACAAGGAAUGGCUGGCCGAGGUCCACUUCCUGGGCGUCGUCGAGCACCCGAACCUGGUCAAGCUCGUCGGCUACUGCGCCGCGCAGACUGACCAAGGUCCGCAGAGGCUUCUGGUCUACGAGUUCAUGCCAAACAAGACGCUGGACGACCACCUGUUCAACGCAGCGCAUCCUGUUCUCCCAUGGGACGUCAGGUUGCAGAUACUACUAGGUGCCGCUGAAGGGUUGCUCUAUCUCCAUGAGGGCCUUGAGCUUCAGAUCAUAUACCGUGAUUUCAAGGCUGCAAACAUACUGCUGGAUGAGGAGUUCAGACCCAAACUGUCGGACUUUGGAUUAGCAAGAGAGGGGCCAUCAGAAGGUCAAACCCAUGUGUCUACAGCGGUCAUGGGAACCUAUGGCUAUGCAGCUCCGGACUAUGUCCAGACAGGGCAUCUCACCACCAAGAGCGACGUCUGGGGCUUCGGAGUGGUACUCUACGAAAUCCUCACAGCUAGACGCUCGGUAGAGAAGAAACGCCCCAAGAACGAGCAGAAGCUCCUCGAGUGGGUGAGGCGGCACCCAGCCGAGAGCGAGCAGUUCAGCGAGAUCAUCGAUCCAAGGCUUGAAGGCAGGUACUCCAUGAGAGGAGCAAAAGAGAUCUCCAAGCUAGCCAAUAGCUGCCUUGCAAAGUUUGCCAAGGACCGCCCCACAAUGGUGGAGGUAGUUAAGAGGCUCAAGCACGCAAUGCAGCACAAGGAGCUGGACGGACACGAUGUCCGUGCAAUGGAGGAAAGUUCGGUUCUUCAAGAGGCACCGGCUGCGCCGGCCAUGGAGGAUGCGGCUGUGGUGUCGGCGAGGCGGCGGAUGCUUCAUUUGGCUGCUCUAGGUGAGAACGCAAAUGCUCGUACUAGGAGAAGACUAAUGCUCAUCAGGGCGGCGGCUGCUGCUGCUCCAACCUGA